AUGUCGCUGAAUCGUGAUAUGCACCCUCGGAACCCUUACAAAGGGAAGCCGCCGAAUUUCAAAGAACUCGCUCUGGAGUUCGAUGAAUUUCGUAAGCACUGCUCUAUUUCAAAUGCGGGAAAGGUUUUUUUUUCCACCGUUAAAUUGGAAGAAGCUUUUUUUUUGAGGUCUACGUUAAUUUUCAUGAAGAUUCAGCCAUACGAGCUCUUGCACGGGUACUGCUGAAAAAAGACUUUGGGCUUGAUGUUCGAUUAAUUUUCAUAACUUUUAGUUCAUAUCCAGUUCAGGUUUUUUUUCCUGUUGGUACACUAGUACCUCGAAUACCUCAACGCUUGAAUUACAUUUUGCACAUUGAAGAUAUUUUGAAAGUUAAUAAUGUGAACGACAAGGUUUCAGGAAUAGAUAUAGGUUAGUCGUCUUAUCAUUCUAUCAUUAUUUUUUUAUCAGCUUUUCAGGUACUGGUGCUUCAUGUAUAUACGCCUUGUUGGGGGCAAAAAUGUGCGGCUGGCGCUUUUUGGCUACCGACGCUGAAGAGUCUUCGGUGAACUCGGCACAUGAAAAUGUUUCCCGAAAUGGUCUUUCGGACAAAGUCCGCGUUGCCCAUGUGGACGCCGAUAGCAAAUUCUUACUUCUGGUUAGAUAUCUUUGUUUCGAAAAGUUUAAGAAUUGAUGUUUAAUUUGAAAACGGAGACGAGGUCGAUUACAUGAAGGGUUUUCCAUGGAUUUACAAUAGGAUCAUUUUUCAGGACGUUGUUUCGAAGUUCGCGGAUGUGACUUUUGAUUUCUGCAUGUGUAACCCGCCAUUCUUCGAGAGCAUGGAAAUAGAAAACGUGAGUUACAGUUACGUCAGACUAGCCAAGUUUUCAGCGGUUCUCUCUCGAUUCUGCACGCGGCGAGGACGUUUACACGAAUCAGAAGCAACGAGAAGAACGGACGACGGCGCCACGAUCAGCUACUGUCGCUUCGCGCGGAGAGUUGGGCAUCGAGGCAAUUGAAAAAGGCUCCGAACGGGCUAUUUUGUGGUUUCAGGGCGGAGAGGUCGCUUUUGUCAGCCGAAUAAUCGACGACAGCAUUGUUUUGCGAGAUCGCGUCAAGUUCGUUUGAUUGAAGUUUUUUUUAGAUAUUACGCAUACGCGUUAUACAAAAAAUGAAAAUAGACGAGAAGAUUUACGAGUUUUUGGAGUCAUAUCAAAAGACUCAAAAGAGAUUUUAGCGUUUCGAUAUCUGAAAAAGACAAAGCCGUGAAAUGAAGUUGAUUUGACAAAGUUUUUUUUUUUUAACUUGGUACAGAUUUUUUCUUGAUACUCAUUUUAUCAAGAUUGAAAAACGACAUACUCAUAUCCAACUUUUGUGAAAAAAGGAAAAAAAAACUCCGAAAUGACAGAUUAAAGUCUGCGUUUUGAGAAUCUACACUUCGAUGCUGGGCCGAAAGCAAAGUCUGACGCCGUUGCGACGUCGUCUGGAACGCCUCGUAGAUGUGAAAUUCGCCGUGUCGACACUCAACCAAGGAAGAACUCAGCGUUGGAUUCUUACCUGGACCUUUGUCCCCAACUUUUCUGUGGAGCCGACGGUCGUCCCAGCUGCGAUCAUGACAAAUAUUUUCAUUUAUUUCAGCCGCCUCGCCUCAAUCUGACAUGUCCAGCUCCCAGUCUGGCGUGGAUUAGCCAACAAAUGCGGGAUCUCGAAGCUUCCGAAUUCCGCGAAACCAAUUCAUCUGUAUGUUUUCAUUGAGUGUGAUAUCUUAGAUUGAAACAGCAUGGUUCGAUUAUUUGACGCACUGCGAUUUGAGUUUCUUUCGCUCAAUCUUUAACUCAGAAAUAAUAUCAAUCUUUAGACAAAAAUAUUUGAGUGAGAAAAGUUGUUUACUCUAUUUUUAUGCCUUGGAAGAUGUUUCAUGAAGUAUAUGUUCUGAUGUUUUAUUAUAAAUCAUCAUCUCAACCACGAGAGACGUUUUUGCAGGUAGUUUACGAAUGUCGGCGCGUGACGUGGACCCGACAAAGGGCGCGACGGCGUGCCAGGGCGAUUCUUGCCGAACCUCAGCUCAAAAGAGCAAGGCCAGUUGUUUUCCUGGCUUUUUUUUGCAAUCAAGAACAAAAACCGUUCUUUACAAGAGUGAACUGGGAAAAAAAUAAAAAAAUAAAAUUUCUUAAUGAUCUUUUGAGUAAAACUCUGUGAUCAAGGGGGAGUGGGGAGUGAAAAGUCUUAAUCUUAAGCCUUUUCAAAAAUUUUCUGUUUCUUUUUGUUGAAGAAUAGUAAACGAAAACUGAAAUCGGCACAUGAGAAUAUGAUAAAUAAACUCAUUUCUUUUUCAACCAAAUAAUUUUUCUUACUUUAUAUAUUUAAAGAAAUGGAGCACCGCUAGCUCAUAGAGAAGAACAGAUGAGGCUUACUUCUACUGAGAAUAUUUGAAGUUGGAAAAGUGUUUAUGGACAACUUUUCUGAUAAAAAUAUAGUUAUUUUAUCCACAAAAGUGAUUAAUAAAAUAGAAAAGUUUUAAUUAAACAACAUAAUAAAGUGAAUUCGUUGGCACCACAAUGUGUGAUAAGACAAAAAAGCCGCCGAGACAUGAGCCUCCGACAAAAUAGCUAUAGCUGUCACAAAAAACGGCCCUAACCUCUUGUCCAGUGUCUAAGCUACUUUCCUACUAAUAAUUCCUAGACUAAUUUAUUUUUUCGCGGUUCAGGUGUGUUACCUCUCAUUUCAUACGCUUUUUUCAUGCGUUGUACAAUGUGAAAAUUUUUUAAUGAUUUUUCGGUAAUGAAGUCAGUGUAUCACAUCAGUAACGAGUAUUUACAUCAGUUUCCGUGCAAGCUACGCUCGCGCCUAUUUAAGGACAAGGCAGAACUAUUUUUUUCCAAAUCUAUGUUGUAGAGGAUUUUUUUUUUCUGGUUCGAACAAAAAUGUCGGAAACCGUACAUUAAAGAGAUUUACGGUACUUUAUAGUUUUCGGUUUUUCUAUUCUAGUCGGUCGUGGCAACGAUGGAUUCAGGUGGCUGAACUGUGACAAUGGGACGCAAGUGUCGCUGGGAACAGGCGACGGGAAAGACUCUUUCACAGAGGCCGGCAGUUUCUGCAUUUGCCGGAGAUGGCCUUCAGCUGCUUCAGAAAAAAACUUCGACGUCGAGGUCCAAGUGAGAAUCUCUUCCUUUGACUAUUUCUCUGUAUCUUAUUGAGCCUGCGCUUUCUUUCUUUCCCUCAGAGCUCGCUUUUAGGCCUACUACCCGGUUGAGCCAAACAGUAACUGGCUACAGACUCUCCGGUUUCGGGUCACUCUAGCGCCAUCAGACGGUAUCUCCAUGGAAAAAGUCAACUUUGAACUGCUCUCUGGCGCGAAAACACAUUUGCACCAAUUGCUUCAGCAUCUUCGUAAUUCGCUAGCCUCAGUUGGUGUGUAA